AUGGCGACAGACGCGCGUCCGAUUGCGUCACAGGCCAGUCUGUUCGCUGAGUGGGAACGCCUCCAUUCCCUGCGCAUGCGCAGUAAGCUCGCCGCAAACACGUGUGGUUCAUUCUCUGAAGGCAACAAGUUAGAACGUUCUGAAACUUUGCGAUUCCCCGGCAACAGAUACUGCAUUCCAUCUUACA